AUGGCACACUUGCUCUUUCCCGGGGUCGAUUCCUCGAUUCGCUAUCAUCAUAUUGAAUCACCUAAACCAUCGGAAGACCCACUUCAGAAUCCUUGGUUCCCACAAACGUCAUCUGAACCAGAACCAAUUGUUACAGAGAACACACGCCCGGAAUCUGGCAGAGAUCCACGUCAUAUAACAGAGGAUUCAAUUGAGGAAAACGGAGAGGAGCGGAUAGCUCAUUUUGAAUAUUACGAAGGAGCCGAAGAGUUCCCUAUCAAAGUUCCACCAGAGCAAUCAGCAGCAUUAAUACAUCAGUCGACACCAUCAAACAUGGCAGUGAUACCUGGUCGCAUUGCUCGUGGCUUUCUCGAUUCCUUCUCCCUGAUAAUCAGUUUUGCCCUAGUAGUCCUUCAGUUCGGUCUAAUAGAUUGGUAUUAUCUGAAUGUCACUGGAGAAAAUAUAUGGGCAGUAUGGAUUGGACCAGAUUGUGUUGUCCUGGUGGUUCUCGGUAUACUGGGAGUACUGGCUAUCAGACAUAAUACAGUGCAAAUGGAAGAGUGCUGUUCAAUCGACAGCCGAGUGAAAUAUGCCUGCUUCGCCUGGGGUGUCUACGCACUCGUUCUCAUCUUCAAAAUCGGAACCUGCUUCCGUUUAUUCUACGAAGACAUCCCACCAACUCCACUGGAUAACAAUGAUAAACUUUUCGACGACUUCCUAUUCAAAGCUGGACUUUCUCUCUCCGUUCUGAUCUUCUUGUUCAUUUUCGAAUCUCAUCACUAUACCCCUUUGGUUUCGGUUCGUCAAGUUUACAUCUCGUAUCUUGUUGCUGCCAUCUGUCUGGAUCUCAUUGACAACAUCUACUUCUUGGACCUCCUUUGGCAAGCAUCGAAAGACAAAUGGAACUUGGAAUUAUGGCUGGAAUGGACUAUCCUCGUUGUGGCCUGCAUCAACUUCUUCAUGCCAACAUUCGCUCUCGCCAAACUUCGCUACGCCAAAGUUCCACGUUUCCUGCUCGUCAGUGAGAAACUUUGGGCUUUCCUCUACGUUCUUCUUGUCAAUGGACCAUUCUUGGGACUCCGUAUCUAUUUGUACAUUGUUCUCGAAGUUCAACAACAUGGAAAGAAAUACGAUCCAUCUCUUUUCGGUGUCAAGAAUAUCGCAAUGAUCUACAUCGCUCUUCGAGAACUCUGGACACGUCUUCAAUAUUGGAGAAUGAAACGUCGUGCAGCACUCAGCCGUAAUGAACUUGCCGCCGCUAUCCAUCAUCAGGAUGAGGAACAAUAA